CGAGCCCUUAGGCUGCAUGGAACUGAUAGUGAUAACGCUUUCAGUGCUGUUCUUCAUUUUGACGUGCCCGAUUUCCGUGUUCUUCUGCUUGAAGAUUGUGGCCGAGUAUGAGCGUGCGAUUAUAUUUCGGUUGGGCCGUUUGUGCGGCGGUCCCCGUGGUCCGGGCAUGUUCUUCGUGCUGCCCUGCAUCGAUCAGUACCGCAAGGUGGAUUUGCGCACGGUUACCUUCAAUGUGCCGCAGCAGGAGAUGCUGACCAAGGACUCGGUUACGGUGACUGUAGAUGCAGUCGUCUACUAUCGCAUCCAUGAUCCACUGUACGCGAUAGUGCGUGUGGAGGACUAUAGCACAUCAACCCGCUUAUUGGCUGCCACCACACUGCGCAACAUUGUGGGCACACGCAAUCUCACCGAGCUGCUUACCGAGCGCGAGACCCUGGCCCACAACAUGCAAUUAACCCUGGACGAGGCAACCGAGCCCUGGGGCGUCAUGGUGGAGCGUGUAGAAAUCAAGGAUGUAUCGCUGCCCGCCUCUAUGCAGCGCGCGAUGGCCGCCGAGGCGGAGGCGUCACGCGAUGCCCGCGCCAAGGUGAUUGCCGCCGAAGGCGAAAAGAAGUCAGCAACUGCCCUUAAGGAAGCCUCUGAUGUCAUUUCCUCCAGUCCAUCCGCUUUGCAGCUUCGAUAUCUGCAAACGCUGAGCAGCAUUUCAGCAGAGAAGAACUCAACUAUUGUGUUCCCACUGCCAAUGGAGCUGCUGACCCCGUAUCUGGCCAAGUAUAUGCCAAUGGCGUCGUUGCCACCAAAGCCUUUGCAGCUAUCAUCAGAUCUGCUCAAUGAACAGCAUGCUACAUAUCCUCAGCAAACAAUUCUAUAAUUAAUACGUACAUAUGUAUGUAUAUACUCACUCAACAGAGCAGAUAGCAGAUAACUGAUAGUAGAGUAUGCGUAUGUGUGUGGGCUCAUGGUACUUCAUAGUCGAGCAGUCUCGAAUAGACCACGGUAAAUAACAGUGCCCUGAGCCUACUCUGCUAGCAGCUAUCUGCUAUGUGCUCUGUUGGGUGAGUAACAUUUCUUGUAGAUGGAUCUUACUCAUCAGACUCAAAGAACGUAAUAAUGGAAUUCAUUGUUGGUCUUAGCUUAAGU